CGGCUGAGCCGUUGCAUCUCCUCGGUGCUUCGACGACGGUGAACAUAUCAAACACCCUCACCGUUGUCAAGAAGCCGAACCUCACGUGACGGUCAGUUGACAGUUGUUUGACUCCUUCCUUGUUAUGCGCUUGUUUUGAUUUAUUUAAAACAUUAUCUCGAAGCUCGUGUGUUUUUCGUUAUUGACCUGAAAUGGGAAGUUUACUACCGGUUUACUUCCUGUUAUCGAUGCUGUUGAUCGGCACCGACGGGACGACGAAAUACGAACCCAACUGGAAGUCGAUCGACUCCCGACCGCUGCCGGAGUGGUACGAUCAGGCCAAGUUCGGCAUCUUCAUACACUGGGGGGUCUUCUCGGUCCCGAGCUUCGGCAGCGAGUGGUUCUGGUACUACUGGCAGAAGCAGAAAGCAAAGCCGUAUGUGGACUUCAUGAAGAAGAACUACGCUCCAGACUUCAAGUAUCAAGACUUUGCACCGCUGUUCACCGCUGAGUUCUUUGAUGCCAAAGAGUGGACGGACAUCUUUGCCUCAUCGGGGGCCAAGUACAUCGUCCUGACCACAAAGCACCAUGAAGGUUUCACACUCUGGGGCUCAAACAACUCCUGGAACUGGAACGCAGUGGACGUUGGGCCGAAAAGAGACCUGGUGGACGAGGUGUCGAGUGCCCUCCGUGCUCAUACUGACCUGCGUUUAGGGCUCUAUCACUCCCUCUUUGAGUGGUUCAAUCCGCUCUUUGAACUGGACGCCGCCAACGUCUUCAAAACAAACUACUUCCCGACCGCUAAAACUCUGCCCGAGCUUCACGAGCUCGUCGUCAAGUACAAACCGGAGGUGCUGUGGUCCGACGGGGACGGAGAUGCACCUGACGAGUACUGGAACAGCACGGGCUUCUUGGCCUGGCUCUACAACGACAGUCCUGUACGAGACACGGUGGUGACGAACGACCGCUGGGGCUUCGGCUCCAUCUGCAAACACGGCGGAUAUUACACCUGCGACGAUCGCUACCAGCCGGGACACCUGCUGGACCGCAAGUGGGAGAACUGCAUGACCAUCGACACCAAGUCCUGGGGUUACAGACGCAACGCUCCUCUCAGCGAUUACCUCACCAUCCAGCAGCUCGUGGCGACAUUGGUGGAGACGGUGUCCUGCGGGGGAAACCUGCUGAUGAACAUCGGGCCGACACACGACGGAAGGAUCUCGCCCAUCUUUGAGGAGCGUCUGAGGCAGAUGGGUCAGUGGCUGAAGGUCAACGGGGAGUCCAUCUACAACACUACAGCGUGGCGGGUUCAGAAGGAGGCCGUCACUCCCAAAGUCUGGUACACCUUCAGACCACAGGAAAAGAGCAUCUUUGCUCUUCUACUGGAGUGGCCCAAUAAUGGAUCUGUGAUUCUGAAUGAACCUGCAGUUACUCAAGGACGCACUCAGGUGGUGCUUGUCGGCCACGGCCCUCUGAAGUGGGAGCCGGUGAAGCCCAGCGGGCUGCGGGUUCUCCUCCCCCAGCUGGCCAUCGGCCAGAUGCCUUGCCAGUGGGCCUGGACACUGAGGCUCACUGGUGCCACUUAAAGGGAAACCGGAUCAGCUGAACAGGAAGUGACAAAGCUGCAGGCCGAGAGAAGAACACAGCGUUUUAUCGUACAUGUUUCAAUCACUGAACAUCAAAUCUACUGCACUUCUAAAAAUGAUCUUUUUAAAAUACUUAACAUUAAUACGUGAUCACUGGUUUGGAUCUGUGUAACCUUUUAUGGACUCUUGCAUAUUUUUACACUGGGUAACUUACUCGGUAACUUGGGGACAAUUUUAGGUUGUAUAUGAAUUAUUCAUCACGUGACCUCGGACAUACAAUUGUGAAACUUGUUUUAUUCACAAUUUUGUUGCACUUUUGGGAUUUAUUUUUAUUUUUUAAACCUGUAUGUGAUUUCCAUGCAGUCUGCUGCAUUGUGUGUUGUGGUGAAUGUUUUAUAUGUGAGGAAAUGUUUAAAUAAAAUAAAGUAAGUCAUGUGAAGUA